AUGUGCUCUCUGGAUAAUCAUGAUCAUGGCGCAUCGGACGCGGCAUACAAGCAACUCUUCGUACGCAACCAUCAAUGGAGGACCGCGACGUCCGCGAGCCAGCGCGAUUUCUACGAGUUUCGCGACACUAGUGGAGGACAAAAGCCUAGUAUUCUUUGGAUCGGAUGCAGCGAUUCUCGCGUUCCCGAUAACGUGAUUACAGGCUCUAGUUUGGGCACCAUCUUCACGCACCGAAAUAUAGCGAAUCAAUUUUUGGAGGGCGAUAAUAACGCAGCUGCGGUACUAGAGUUCGCCGUCACACGCCUCCGCGUUCAGCAUAUCGUUGUGGCUGGACACACCUACUGCGGUGGCGUCGAGACCAGCUACAAUUUGGCUUACCCGGCCAAUCGCGCUUCUCGUGAAGUCAAUCCUGAUUUCGAAGUGAAUGACGAGCGCAACGCCGACGAGCCCAUGCCCCAGGUGGUAGCCUGGCUCCAGCCUCUCGUCAGCGUCGCUCUUGAUCCCAUGUGGCAACCCAUGGCGGCCGCGGCCCCGGAACCCAAUUGA